AUGUCUUCUUUCGCCAAGCAGAGUCACGGCACCCCAGGCUACCUCUCCGGUGAAUUCCAUACGUUUCGGCUCCCUGUACCUUCUCUCUGGCCAGACAUCAUGCAAAAGUUCAAGGCAGCAGGCUUGAAUGCCGUCAGCCUGUACACCCAUAUGGGGAUCAUCAAUCCAUCCCGAGAUGUAUUGGACUUUGAUGACUGGCGCGCGUUAAAGCCAUUUUACGAGGCAGCACUCGAGGCAGGGCUCUGGGUUUACAUCAACGCUGAAACGACGGCAGGCGGAAUAGCUCAUUGGGCCACGUCAGGAAGUAGUCUGGAGUGCUGCGAACUAAUGCGACCGAAUUGGAAAGAUGCAUGGACCGGAUAUAUCAAAGGUAUUAUUGAAGAAUCAGCCCCAUACCAGAUCACUCAAGGUGGACCUAUAAUCGAUAAUGAAUAUGAGCAAUGGCUCGGCGGUGAAUAUUUUGAGGACCUCAAAGCGGUGUAUCAUAAUUCACCCAUUGUCGUACCUCUGACAUACAACGAUCCUGGACCACGUUCGAAUUUUAUAAAUGGCACUGGUGCUGUGGACCUUUAUGGAUUGGACGGGUAUCCACAGAGGUUUGAUUGUUCGAAUCCCUUAGUCUGGAACCCAGUUCCUCAAACUUAUCACGAUUAUCCACAUCCAUGGUAUAUUCCCGAGUUUCAAGCAGGGUCCUACGAUGCGUGGGGUCCUUCUGCGCCCGGUAAUUGCUUUUGUCCCUGUACCGAUGUUGAUACUGGUCCGUGUGCUGUCCUUACCGGGCCGGAUUUCAUGUCGGUCUUCAAUCGCCAACUGUGGGCUAGCAACGCAAAAUUGAUCAACUAUUACAUGCUAUAUGGUGGCACAUCAUGGGGAGCCAUCCCAUUCCCUGGGGUCUAUACUUCAUAUGACUAUGGUUCGGCUAUCAGUGAGGACCGAACACUGACAUCCAAAUACGACGAGCUGAAGCUACAGAGCUUCUUCAUAAGGAGCUCGCCAAGCUUCUACAAGACUGAUCGCGUGGCUGAUACAUCUACCGGCCUUGACAUAUCCACGUCUCCAGAUGUGUUUAUAACGUUGCUAGUCAACCCUGAUACAAAAGCGGGUUUCUACAUCGCUAGGCACAAUGACUCUUCUUCGACGUUCAUACCCCAAGUCGCAUCCGCAAUAACACUUGGAGGACGUCAAUCAAAGGUCAUCGUCACUGAUUACACUUUCGGCUCAUCAAAAGUUCAAUAUUCCACGGCGCAAAUAUUCUUUGCCGGUGUUAUUGAUGACCGCGACGUUCUAUUCCUAUACGGAGCUACCAUCCUUUCCUUCCUUCCUGGAAUCGAAGGGCUGGUGACCCUGUAUGAUUCUGACACGCAGCUUGUGCUCUUCGGUGAUACAGAGACGGCAGCGACUUUUUGGUCUCCAGUCAUCGCAGGCGACGAAGCCGAUCCUCUGAGGAACUUUUGGGGUCUUGGCACCAACACGUCCAUUCUCGUUGGAGGUCCGUAUCUGGUCCGCUCGGCGAGUAUAACGGGAACAGAGUUGACUUUGAGAGGCGAUCUCAGUGAAGGCGCAAGAUUGACAGUCAUCGCGCCUAGGAACAUCCGGUGUAUCAGCUGGAACGGGGAGCUUAUUUCUGGUGAUGCCAUUGCUGCAGCGGGCUUGACGUCCGUCGGCGGAUUUGUCGGGCGCCUGGAGCUCGGGACAUCUUUUAAUGGUAUUAAAGUGCCGGAACUGAAGGGCUGGAAGUAUAAAGAUAGCUUACCCGAGAUUGGACGACAUUUCGAUGAUGGGGACAUGGGCUGUGGCGAACCAUACCCGUACUAUGGUGAUGGUAGGGUGCUGUAUGGUUGUGAUUAUGGAUUUUGUGAGAAUAUUGUCUUGUGGAGAGGCCAUUUUAUUGCAAGCAGUGCAGAAAAGAGCGUGAAUCUGUCGAUCAAUGGAGGAGAAGCCUUUGCCGCGAGUGUCUGGCUCAAUGAUGUGUUCUUGAAUACAUCCUACGGGAAUUCGACGAACAAUCUCAACAUCUUGGAAGAGACGGACGAUGUCUUUGUGUUUCCUGAAGGGUCACUUAUUCCUGGUCAAGAUAACGUUAUUACGAUUGUUCAGGACAAUAUGGGCUUGAAUGAGACCGAGGGUUCCAACCCCGACAGUUCGAAAGGACCACGUGGCAUCCGGGGCUUUCAGCUGAACAACGGCACUUUUUCAGACUGGAAAGUUCAGGGAAAAAUUGGAGGAUAUACCAACUUCCCCGAUAAAGUCCGUGGAAUUUUCAAUGAGGGAGGCCUUUUCGGAGAACGGGUGGGGUGGCACCUUCCCGGGUUUGACACGUCGUCGUGGGAGUUCAGGGCUCUUUCCAGUGGCCUGCCAGACUCGGCAGCCGGAGUUGGGUUCUUUGUGACGACGUUUGAGCUGGAUAUGCCGGCAGGCUAUGACGUGCCUAUCUCGUUUGUAUUCGACGAGCCUCUUGGCCAACCGUAUCGGGUGUAUCUAUUUGUGAAUGGAUGGAUGAUGGGAAAGAGAGUCGGCAAUCUUGGGCCGCAGAGUAAGUUCCCUGUACAGGAAGGGAUACUGGAUUACCAUGGAGAAAAUACGGUUGCUGUUGUUCUUUGGGCGAUGGAAGAGGGUGUUUCCGUUAUGCCGUUUCUUCGGCUUGCCAUUGACGGAGUGUUUGAGGGCGCUGUCGGUCAUAUAGCGAUAAACAAUCCUUCUUGGUCUCCCCAGGGGAGAUAUGUGGAAGACACGAGGCAUUCCCCGCCUCAAAAGCGACGGAUAGCACAUCCAUGGCAAUGUGCCUCGCAUUUCUGCAAGCAUUCACGGAAGUGUGUGGAUAUUUGGUGCUCCUCGCCUGCACCCUGA